UAAAGAAAGGAAAAAAAGCAAGAUUUGGACGGAAGCCAGACGAGGACACAAGUGGCCACCCAAAAUCCUCUCUGCUAGAUUUCCCAAGAUCUCUCAUAUCCGUACCCUCUUCGAAUCUCUCCCUCCUUUAUUGACCCUUUCUGUUCCCCCCUCUCCUUCUUCUCUCCUUCGUCAAUCCCACUUUUCCUAUUUAUAGCUUUUCUCCUUCACAUUUUCUUUUGCAUUUCCUUCUUUUCCGUUUCGUCGAAGGCUUUUCUUGCUUCCAUAUCCGACGCCAUGGGCAAUGAUGUUCUCCGGCUGGAAGACUUGCCUUGCAGCUCCGGUGACCUGCAUGUUCUCGCCGUCGAUGAUAGUUAUGUCGAUCGCAAAGUCAUUGAGCGCUUGCUGAAAAUUUCUUCUUUUAAAGUGACGGUUGUGGAGAGUGGGACAAGAGCUCUUGAAUAUUUAGGAUUGGAUGGACAGAAGAGCUCCAUUGGAUUUGAGAGUGUCAAGGUUAAUCUGAUAAUGACGGACUAUUCCAUGCCCGGGAUGACAGGUUAUGAGCUGCUCAAGAAGAUUAAGGUGGAAUCAUCUAUGUUUAGAGAGAUACCAGUAGUGAUCAUGUCGUCUGAGAAUAUCUUGACUCGAAUUGAUAGGUGCUUAGAGGAAGGAGCAGAGGAGUUUCUGUUGAAGCCAGUGAAGUUGGCAGACGUGAAACGAUUGAAAGAAUUCAUAAUGAAGGGUGAAGGGAAGGAAAGUAGAGAGAAAGAAUGUCGCAAAAGAAAGAGAUCAGAUAAUUAUAGUGCACUUCCUCCAACUCCAUUCUCAUCGGUCUGUUGUCCUUGUGAUCCAUCAUCCUCUUCACCAUCUGCAUUGUCCUCAAAGAAGUCUAGAUUGCUAGCAGAGGUUGAAUAAUUCCCUUCAGAAGAGAACCCUGAAUCCCCUGAAGGAUCUAGCUCUUCACAUUAGUCCAUAAUUUUGCUAACAUAAACACUAGAAUUAGAUUUGGAGAGGAACCAUGCUAUGAUAACUUUUUUUGGUCCAAUACAUGUAUUUUUUUUUUUUUUUUUGCUGAUUCCGCCUCUGUACAUAUGAAAUUGGCAAAUUUUGAGGAAAGCCCUGUACUGUAAGGGUGUGUGCUGCAAGUAAUGGAAAAUUUUUUAAUGUAAAUUUUGUGCUUGUGAUGUUUAAAGGAAUGGUCUCCUUGUCUACCACUUGCAGCCGUAUGGCUCGAUUUCUCUUCUAUGGACCUGGGGUUUAGGAUGCCAUGCUUCUGUGAGGAACCUUGGUGUACAAGUCUUUAAUCCCCACUGGCACGUCUGCAUAUCAAAAUCUGAUGUUUGCUCAAAUUCUAAGAUGAAAGAUAUUGUUGACGAUGAUGCCACCAGGUUCUUAUCAUGUAAUAUAAUUGCACUAAACUGUUGGGAGUUGAGGGGGCAGUAUGCGCAUGAAAGCUUCCGAGGCGGAACACAUCACUUGAUUAGAUUACUACUGGAAUGGGUGCUCGUAUUUUGAAGACCUUGAAAAAACAAAGUUCAAUUAUUCAGAGAGAAAAGACAAAGGCCAAUUAACGAUGUCUCCACUUCUUCAUGUUUAUUUUUCCCAAGAGCAAAAACUUCCCAUUUUUCCCAAGACCAGAAACCUCCCCCUUUG